AUGCCCUCUUUGCAUAUUAAUUUGAGUGUGCUGAAUGAUUUCGAGAACAAUUCACUAAAAAACAGUUUUUCCUUGUCGUCACUCCAACACACACCAGGGGAAACAACACCAGAUAGAACAGUCAAACAUCGACGAUACAACAGUUUAACGAAAAACAGGGUAAAAGCAACAGCCAUUAGAAGAUCAUGGGGAAGUACUGCCAGCGAACACAAAGAGGAGUUCUGGUCUGCUUUACAGGCCAAUUACAACUUUAUAAUGGACAAUCAGCUUAUAGAUAAAUGCCAGGAACUCAAUGGAGAUUUAUCUAUAAACACUGGAACUUGGACUUUGAAAGAAUUUUAUGCCCAAUUCUCUGAACUGUAUUCAUGGUUAAAUACCGUUCAAGAGACAAUAUAUGGCAAAGAAGAAAAUAUAACAGACAAAGCUUUACGAGCACGUUGUGUUGACAAGGUACUCGAAAAAAGUUCAUCUCUGAAAUUGUUCAACGAUCAAGCUAGUCAACUAGUCCAAUUGCAUCCAGAAGUUCAAGAUGAGGUUGGUUGGAGAACUACACAUCUCAAUUCAAAAUGGGAUUCAAUACUUAGCAUCCUUGGUCCGUCAGAUUGUGACGUGUGUGAUCAAGACACUUGCUUGGGUAGGUGA